AUGUUAGUAGCUUCAACAGCUCUGAACAUCGGAUCUUUGGGUACCCAGCUGCUAAAUUCCCCCGCCCAAAAUCCCAUCAAACCUCUCUUACACCCACCUGCUAAAAAUCCAAUCUUGAAAUCUUCAAACCCCUUGACGAGGAAACUGUCCACCCCUGUCCGAAGAUCAGUGGCCGCCGUCGAUUCUUCCAAUCCCACCAUCAAGGAACAAGAAGAAGAAGAAGGUAGUGGGAGCAAAAAGUAUCAUUUUGUCGUGGCCAAUGCGAAGUUCAUGUUGGAUGAGGAGGAGCAUUUCAAGGAGCUAAUGUUCGAGCGCCUUCGGCUUUUUGGGGAGAGGAACAAGGAGCAAGAUUUCUGGCUCGUGAUCGAACCCAAAUUCUUGGACGAGUUCCCUAAUGUUACCAAGAGGCUCAAGAGGCCAGCCGUUGCUCUUGUUUCGACAAACGGGCCUUGGAUUACGUUCAUGAAGUUGAGACUAGACAGAGUUUUGCAAGAGAGCUUUGAAGCUGAAAAUCUUGAAGAAGCUCUAGCUUCCAAUCCAGUUGAUCUCGAAUUUGAAAAGCCCGAAAAGUGGACAGCUCCUUAUCCCAAGUACGAAUACGGGUGGUGGGAGCCUUUUCUCCCACCAAAAACAUCCAAGGUAUGA